AUGCGGCAAAUCGUGUCCGGCAAAGCCGCAAAUAAGGUCUCGAAGGUGAAGGUGCCAAAGACGGAUAAGGCAAUGAAGAGGCGUAGGAGGGAGAGCCACGCCAUUUACAUCUACAAGGUGCUGCAUCAAGUGCAUACCGACACCGGCAUCUCGUCGAAGGCGAUGUCAAUCAUGAACUCGUUUGUGAACGACAUCUUCGAACGGAUUGCUGCUAAGUUGAGCCACUUGGCUCACUACAAAAAGAAGUCAACAAUCACCAGCAGAGUGAUCCAGACUGCUGUGCGUCUGUUGCUGCCUGGUGAAUUGGCGAAGCAUGCGGUUUUGGAGAACACCAGGGCUGUGUCGAAGUACCAUGGCUUCAAGUAUUGA